AUGCCCGCAACUUGCCCGGCGACGCGCGACGACACCGCGUGCGUUUCCUUCCUGCUAUUUGACUCCAGCUCACGUCCGACUCCGCACGCUCCCGUCCGCGAACCAGCGCGAGGUCCCUGGACCGGGGGCGAUCCGCAGCUGUCCACGGGGGAACGGACGGCCGAUGCGGCUCCGGUCCACCGGGCCCUCGUGGGGAGAAACGCCCACGGCUAUAAAGGCAAGCGGCCGCGCCCCGUCAGCUCAUCCGGUUGGUCGGUCUCCCUCCCUCCCUCCCUAUCGUCUGUUUCCUUCGGCCGAAAAGCUCCCCGUUCCCUGCCCCUGCUCCGCCCCUCGUCCCCAGCCUCCGCUCCGCUCUUGGUAAUUGGAUACAUGGCCUCACCCGCCACACCGACACAGUCCACCGGCGCCCAGGAGGAGGCCGCGGCCCGCCAGUCGCUCAUCGGGAUCUCCCAGUCCACCCCGGCAGCAGGGGAGGCCCUCAGCGUCAAGUCGCCGAACGGCCGCACGGAACACGGGCAGGACGACAGCGGGGCGGCCGACAAGUCCAGGUCGAUGCUCAUGUCCAUCUCCAACCAGUCCCCGGAGGCUCGCCAGCCCACGCCGUGCCCGCACAGCAACGCCGCUUAA